UCACGGUGAAGAAGUUCUUCCUCACGUUCAGAGGGAGCUGCCUGUGCCUCGGCGUGUGCCCGUUGCCCCUCGCCCUGUCGCUGGGCACCGCUGAAAGAGCCUGGCCCCGUCCUCCUGCCGCUGGCCCUGAAGAUGUCUGCAGCCAUCGAUCAGAGCCCUCUCAGCCCUCCCUUCCCCAGGCUGAGCAGCCGCGGGUGUCCCAGCCUGCCCUCCCCCGGGAGGUGCCCAGGCCCCUCACCCCCUGCGCAGCCCCCGCCGGGCCCUCCCCAGCAGCUCCCUGUCUCUGGAACUGGGGAGCCCAGCGCUGGGCACAGCACUCCCGGGGCGGCCUCCCCAGGGCAGAGCCGAGGGGCAGGAUCCCCUCCCUGCGCCUGCUGGCCACGCUCCUCCUCACGCCCCCCAGGGCGCCACCGGCCUCCUGGGCCACCGGGGCUGGCUGCCGGCCCAGGGGCAGCUGCUGUGCCCCGGCACUGCCCGGCCCUUCCCCGCAGAGCUGCCUCCCCGCAGGCAGCCCCCAGCCCCUGCUGGUGCGUGGGGCUGUGCCCCCCCAGGGCAGGGCCUGGCACCGGCCUCUGCUGGGCUCCAUCAGGUCCCUCCUGCCCAGCUCUCCAGCCUGCCCAGCUCUCGCUGGAUGGCAGCGCAGCCUCUGGGGCAUCAGCCGCUCCUCCCGCCUUUGUACCAGCCACCAGCCUGCUGAGGGGACGCUCUGUGCCUUCGCCCAGGUCACCGGUGAAUCAGCUGAACGGGACUGGGCCCAGCGCUGAGCCCUGGGCAGCACCGCUGGCCACAGGCCUCCAGCUGGGCUCUGCGCUGCUGGUCGCAGCCCUCUCAGCUCCGCCGUUCAGCCCGUUCUCAGUCCGCUCACACUGAUGAACAAAAGCCAAAACUCUGUAUUACGUAGGGAGAGACUAUGGGAAGAAGUAACACCAAUGUCUUACUUCCCUGCAGUAUUUCCUAGGCUUACUCUAGGAAGCUUACAAAGUCUGUGCUUGGAACCACCAGUACCAGGAGGACAAGAGGUACUUUGUACAGUCAAGUUACUACUGUAACCCUGUGUGGGCAAAACCCCCUAAUUUUAAGAGGUCUGCUCUAAGCCAGAAAAUUGACACCCAUCUGCCGGUCUCUGGUUUUUAUGGAGGUUAAACCCUACUGCUUGUCUUUUUAAAUUAUGCAUUUAAAAUAACCAGGAAGUUCUAAUUAUUUUAAAAUUUGUUUCAGUUGGUUUGUUUUUGAGUUGGGGAUAGGUAACGCGAUUACAUCCUUUUUCCUUAAAAGGGGAUCUGGAGCCCUCGAAAAAUACAGAACCCAGACUAUUUUGAAGAUCUUCACCCAUUCAAGAUGACCACUGUCAGUGCUAUUGGUUUAGAACUCUGGUCUGUGACACCCGAUAUCUACUUUGAUAACUUCAUUAUAUGUUCAGAAAAAGAAGUAGCAGACCGUUGGGCAGCAGAUGGCUGGGGCUUGAAGAAAUUCGUAGCAAGUGCUAAUGAGCCUGGUAUGUUUAGUCAACUGGUGACUGCUGCGGAAGACCACCCAUGGCUCUGGGUUCUUUACAUCUUGACAUUGGGUCUCCCCGUUGGCCUAGGUGUGUUGUUUUGCUGGCCAGCAAAGAAAACAGAUGAAGAUAUUGACUUAAAACCCCCUGAUAUAUCUAAGCCAAUUACAAAGGGAGAACCAAAACAAGAGAGAGAGGAGUUAGAAGAUGAUGAAAUGGAAGAAAAAGAAAACGAAGAAAUUGCUGAAGAUGAAGAGGAGGGUGAAGGUGGUAAAGAUAUUGAUGAUGAUGAACAGCAAGAAGAAAAUGAAGUUGCAGAUGGAAGUCAAGAAGAAGGUGAUAAGUCAAAUAAAUCUGGCUCAGAAGAUCAGGUAAGCUCACGUUUUGUCUGCCAGUUUUGUCUUUGCCCUUCUCCAACAUCGCACCUCUAAGCCUGGUUACCUACAGGAAGAGAGUUCUUCCGUUGAGCCAUUAAACCAAUCACGAGGCGGGAAUGUGUUUUUAUUUGUUUGACGCCGCAAAUGCUCUGUGUAAGUCUGUGAAAUAUGUCUCUUUCUGCGCAAUUUUGGCUAGGAGGUGAUAUUUAUUGUAAAGUACGGCUGUAGUAUAGAAGUGAUCGUGCAGGUCUCUGAACAUGAAGCAUUUUUACAGGAGUAUAAUUUUUUAACAGAUUAUUAAAUGUAUUGCAAGUCUUGAAAAUUCGGGUGCUGUGGUAGACGUCAAUCUCUUUAUCACGA